UGCACCACAUCCUAGGCCAGUUCCCGGCCUCGGCGGCCGCCGCGGAGGACGCCAACGGCACGGCCAUCCGGUUGACGCACAUGGUGCUGGACAGGGUGACGGGGCGGCUCGUGGUGGGCGGCGUGAACCGCCUGUUCCAGCUGGACUCGAGCCUGCGACCGCUCGCCACCGUCGUCACCGGCCCCAAGCCCGACUCGCCCGCGUGCCACGCGUCGGGCUGCUCGUCCUCGGACAUCGCCACCGUGCUCACGGACAACGUCAACAAGGUGCUGGUGCUGGACCCGGAGUCGCGCUACCUCAUCGUGUGCGGGUCGCUGUCGCAGGGCUCGUGCGAGAAGUACAGCGCCAGCAACAUCUCGCACGCGCCGGAGUUCUUCGCGCGCGCCAUCGCCGCCAACGACGAGCACUCGUCGACGUACGCCUUCAUCGGCCCGGAGCGCUACAACAACUGGGGCACGUCCAACGUGCUGUACGUCGGCACCACCUUCACCAACAACGGCGAGUACCGCCACGACGUGCCCGCCAUCUCCUCGCGCCGCCUGCACAACCUGGACUUCGCCGAGCUGUCCUUCUCCAAGCAGAGCUCGCUGCAGAUCGAGGUCAAGUACCGGGACCACUUCCUCGUCAACUACGUCUACGGCUUCAACGCGUCCGACUACGCCUACUUCGUGCUGGUGCAGAAGCAGUCGCACCUGCCCGAGCAGGAGGAGCUGGGCUUCGUGACGCGCCUGGCGCGGACGUGCAUCACGGACGCCAACUACGACAGCUACACCGAGGUGACGCUGCAGUGCGACGCGCGCUGGACGGAGGACGGCAAGCCCGUCACCGCCGUCUACAACCUCAUCCAGGACGCCAAGGUGGUGCCGGCCGGCCAGCACCUGGCCGCCAGCAUGGGCCUGGAGCCCGGCGACCCCGUCAUGAUCGGCGUCUUCUCGCCCAGCCGCUCCAUCACGGCCGAGCCGCAGGCCCGCUCCGCCGUGUGCGUGUACAGCCUCAAGGAUAUCGAGGCCAAGUUCAACGAGAACAUCCACAUGUGCUUCAACGGCAGCCGCAACUACCGCAACAUGAACUACAUUUCCGGGCUCAUCUUGGACGGCAUGUGUCCUACGGCAGGGACGACGGGGAACAUCAUGAACUUCUGCGAGGUGGGCCUCAAGAUCUCGGGGGUGUCGCCCAUCUCCAGCCCGUCGGCCGUCACAGUGGAUAACGCGACGCUGUCGUCGGUCACCAUCGGCUACACGGAGCGACACACCGUCGCCUUCCUCGGCUCCCUGGACGGCGUCGUGAGAAAGGUGCUCAUCUCCGGCGCGAACCAGGCCCUGGACUACGAGUCCGUCCCCGUGGACCCCGGCCACCCCAUCCUGCCGGACACGACGCUGUCCCCCAACGGGGACUUCCUCUACGUCCUGUCGUCCGCCAAGGUGUCGAGGAUGCGCGUGGAGCACUGCGGCUCCUUCACCAACUGCUCGUCCUGCCUGGAGGCCAAGGAUCCUUACUGCGGCUGGUGCUCCCUGGAGAAACGGUGCACGGUGCGCGGCGCGUGCCAGAAGGCGGCGCACAGCUCGCCGCGGUGGCUGUCCGUCGGUUCCGGCCAGCAGUGCAUCGACUUCGAGCAGGUCCUCCCGGACCGCAUCCCCGUCAGCCAGAUGACCACGGUCCAGCUGACGAUCCGCACCCUGCCCGAGCUGCCCCCGAUGGCCAAGUACAAGUGCGUGUUCGGCGACGCGGACCCCAUCGACGCGGCCGUCACGCCGCUGGGGCUGUCCUGCCCCACGCCCGGCGUGUCCUCCCGGCCCAGGAUCCCCGAGGGCCGCGACCACGUGCUGGUGCCGCUGGCGGUGCGCUCGUCCGAGACCAACAAGGACUUCGUCUCCAGGCACUUCGCGUACUACGACUGCUCCACGCACACCACCUGCUCGGACUGCGUGCGCUCGCAGUGGGCGUGCUCGUGGUGCGUCUACGAGAACCGCUGCUCGCACAACACGUCGGCCUGCCAGCGCACCGUCAUCUCCGGCGAGAACAAUCCGGCACAUCUAACUCAUCAUGGAGUCAAUUUCUGCCCCCGAUUCAAGCAACCCAAGGAGAAAAUUCUACGGCCCAACAAUGUUGCCAAGGAAAUCCUUCUGGAGGUGGAGAACCUCCCUCAUCCCCAGGUUGGGCACACAGGCUUCCAGUGCAUUGUCACCAUUGAGACUUCCAAGAUGAUGGUCCCAGCCAAAGUUGAAAGUGGACGAUACAUUGUUUGCGACAAGACAACUUAUUCUUAUGAAGCUAACACUGGAGAAUACGAGGCCACCGUGAGUGUUGUGUGGAACCGUAACCACCAUGUUGACACAACAAACAUUAUUUUGUACAAGUGUGAGAUUCUUGGCUCUCACCGAGACCAUCCAGACUGCUCUCUGUGUGUCACUCGCAAUGCUAAGUACCAAUGCAGCUGGUGUGGGAACACAUGUAGCUAUUCACAGAGCUGUAUCCACUCUGCUGCCAAUGAAUGCCCUAAGCCAAGAAUUGAUAUGAUCAAACCUUUGAGUGGACCUAUCGAAGGAGGAACAUUGGUGACAAUUGAAGGAAGCAAUCUGGGACUGAAGGAAGAUGAUGUCCGUGGCAAGAUUCGGAUAGGCAGCACGCCUUGUGAACUGACACAAUAUGAAGUUUCUGUGAGGAUUGUCUGUAGGACAGGAAGAGCAGAGCGUGAAUUGUCUGCUCCUGUCAUUGUUGGAAAUGAUGCUGGUUUCACUGAAUCAACUGUGAGCUUCAGUUACAAGGACAUCCAGAUAUCCGGAUUGUUUCCACCAAUGGGUCCCCAGAGUGGAGGCACACAGCUUGCCAUUUCUGGGCAGUACCUGAACAUUGGCAGCACAGUCCAAGCUUGGCUAGAUGAACUUCCUUGUCACGUUAAUGCAACUCAGGCUUCAAGUUCCCGACUCACUUGCAUCACCACCCGAGCACCAUCUGCUAGAGUUAUUCAGAGAUUAACUCUGAAAAUUGAUGGUGCCAAUAGGACACUCUCUGGUUACCCAUUCAAUUACACAGUUGAUCCAACAAUUCUGGAAAUCAAACCCCUCAGGAGCUUUGCGUCUGGUGGCCGUAUGAUUACUGUUCAUGGCACUAAUCUGGACACAGUUCAAAAGCCAGAGAUGGUGGUCUAUCUAGAGGGUGACCCAAACCCAAUCAACCGAUCGGUUUGCUACGUACUUAAUACAGCUCAAAUGGAAUGCCCUUCACCACCCAUUGAUAGUAGAACACUAUCUGAAGCAUUGCGGACGCGAAGAUCCACUGUGGCUCUCCCGGCUUCAUCACCCACGGAGUCUGCCACUUCCACAGUUUCCUUGGUUCGCUCCCAAGUGGCUCGAAGGAAACAGUUGCGUUCACUGACUGGAUCUAGUGGCACAGGGAAGUCACCACCACAAAUAAACCUUCAUAUUGGGUUCAUUAUGGAUGAUGUUGAAUCAGCUGUGGAGCUGGGCAAACACUUUCCAUCUGUCCCAUCCCAACUGUUGUAUGUGGAAGAUCCAAAGUUCUUCCAAUUUCCUAAAGACAUAAAACUUUACAAGGGUGACACACUGGUCAUUGAGGGAGAAAAUUUAAACUAUGCAUCAGAUGAGUCUGAUGUCAAUGUUACCAUUGGUACUCGACAAUGCAAUGUUACCUCCCUGGCUCAAACCCAAUUGGUGUGCUCCCCUCCUGACACUCAACCAUCUGGGACAGACGAAACUGGAGCCAGAACAGACAGUGGUUUGCCCUUAGUUGUCGUUCGAGUGGGAAGGUCAUUGCGAUUUCCUAUUGGCUCCCUCCGAUAUGAAGUGAUAAAGCCAUAUGCAUUCCCACCAGAAGCUAUAGCAGGCAUUGCAGCUGGAACAUUCUUCCUUGUUGUACUCUUUGCCAUUGUGCUUGUGGUGUACCGUAGGAAAUCAACUCAGGCUGAAAGAGAAUACAAACGGAUCCAAAUCCAAAUGGACACCCUUGAAAGCAAUGUGCGGUCUGAAUGUAAACAAGCAUUUGCAGAGCUGCAGACAGACAUGACUGAUCUUACAGCAGAUCUGGUCUCUUCUGGUAUUCCCAUGCUAGAUCAUACAAAUUACAUCCUCAAAGUCUUCUUUCCUGGUGUUAUUGAUCAUCCAAUUUUAAAUGAGCCAAAGGUCCGAAUUAAUGGUCCACGGAAUAACUAUGAUGCAGCAAUGCUACAAUUUGAACAACUUAUUGGCAAUAAAUGUUUUAUCUUAACUUUUAUUGAGACUUUGGAGGCCCAGAAAAGUUUCAAUAUUCGGGACAAAGUUAAUGUGGCUUCUCUUCUCAUGGUUGUUCUUAUGAACAAAAUGGAAUACGCUACUGAUGUUUUGCGGUCUUUAUUGUUACGUCUCAUUGAAAAAUCUGUGGGAACUAAGCACCCUCAGCUCAUGUUGCGUCGCACAGAAUCAGUUGUUGAGAAAAUGCUGACGAAUUGGAUGGCUUUAUGUAUGUAUGGCUACCUGAAGGACUGUGCUGGCUCCUCUCUUUUCCUCCUAUACAAAGCCAUCAAGCACCAAAUUGAAAAGGGACCAGUUGACACUGUGAUACAUGAUGCAAGAUAUUCACUUUCUGAAGAACGUUUGCUGCGUGAACAAAUUGACCAUGGCACUGUCAUAAUUCAUCUUGUUCAGGAGGAUCCACACUAUGAAAAAAUACCUUACCAAACAUAUCAGACACUUCAUAUUGUCCAAGAUGAGGUGGAUGAUAAAAUUCAAUGUAGGGUAUUGGACUGUGAUACAAUCAGCCAAGUAAAGUCAAAAAUUUUAGAUGCUUUGUAUAAAAAUACACCAUUUUCAUUGCGGCCAUCCAUUCAUGAAGUGGAUCUUGAAUGGCGUCAUGGAAGAGGAGGACAUCUCACUCUUCAAGAUGAAGAUCUAUCCACUCAGUCAAUUGGUGGUUGGAAAAAGUUAAACACUUUGGCUCAUUAUGGAGUCAAGUCAUCUGCCAUCAUGUCAUUGAUUCCCAGGCAGAAUGAAAGCUUCAACAAUGCUAAUUGCAAACAAGCUUGUCAUAACUGCACAGGAUAUUUUGGCAAUUCACUAUCACCCAUAAUUCCCUGUGAUUUGGAGCAAGGAGCCAAUACUAAAGUCUUCCAUCUUGUAAAACCAGUAGAUGAUUCUCACUAUCUUAGCAAUUCUAAAACUGGUACAGUUGACCGCGACAGAGAGCGGACACACAAAGCAAUACCAGAGAUCUUUUUAACUCGUUUACUGUCUACAAAAGGAACCAUUCAGAAGUUUGUUGAUGAUUUCCUAACAACAAUAUUGACAGCAAAUGAAAUGUUACCUCCUGCUGUAAAAUGGCUGUUUGAUCUUCUUGAUGAAGCAGCUAGAAAACACAACAUCAGUGAUCCUGAAGUUGUUCAUGCAUGGAAAUCAAAUAGCCUUCCUUUGAGAUUUUGGGUCAAUUUCAUCAAGAAUCCGGAUUUCAUCUUUGACAUAAACAAAACUCCAACGGUGGAUUCAUGUUUGUCUGUGAUAGCACAAACAUUUAUGGAUGCUUGUUCAACGAGUGAACACCGGCUAGGAAAAGAUUCACCAUCCAACAAGCUCCUUUUUGCCAAGGAUAUUCCAAAUUAUCGACAAAUGGUGUCAAGGUUCUACAGUGAGGUAGCUGAGCUCCCUCAAAUAACAGACCAAGAGAUGAGCACGGCAAUGCAGCAACUCUCUGCCACAGUUUCUCAAGCAAGUCAGUUUGACACAGUGUCAGCACUCAAGGAGCUGUACAUCUAUGUCACCAAAUACAGCGACCAGGUGAGUGCAGCGAUGGAGGCCCAUUCUAGGGCACAUGCCCAUGCUCACUCACAAGCUACGUAUGCCUUGUUGCAUCAGUACCCCCAUUCAACUCUUGCAUCUACUUCCUCUGCUUAUAUGUCUCAAUCCAAUAACUCCCAUCCUACUAUGUAUGCUCCUUCAACGUCGUAUGGUCGUUCCCAAAAUGCUUCAUGUCAUCCUGUACUUGAAAAUGACGUUUUGUCUCAUUGUGACUGUCCUUGUGGAGCUAGUGAUUUCAGAUUUCAAAACCAGUUUGAUUAGUAGUAGAAGUUGCCAUCUAAGUCAAAUGAAUUUUGUAUAAAGUAUGUAAAUUGAAUGAUGGAAACAUCAAAAACGACUGAGAAUUAGUUUUAGGUGACCUGCCUUGUCAUUAAAUGUGUUAAUAGUGUGGCAUAUGUAGAUACAGUAGCAAGUAUGUGUAAUUUAGAUUGCUUACCAAUCUGUAGUUAGAAUUUAUUUUGUUGCCAUGCUUUCUUGGGGUAACUUAAUAAUAGUAAAUAAAGUUACCACAGCUCCUAAUUUGCUGGAAGAAAAAGUUGUGUAAGUUAAAAUUUGGACUGGUGUAAGAUAAUCCUGUCAUAUAUGCCUCAAUCAGACAAGUUAAUUUGAUGCCUCAUCCUAUCAACCAAAUGUCUAGUUUAGUAAGUCUCUUUAAAUGAGGUUGCCUUAAGCUUCUUUUUUAGGAAUGCAGUUAAAAAUCCAUAUGUUGAAGAUCACGAAAACUUUGAGGGGGUAGAUGGCUGCGAUUUAUCAAUGAAACCGAAAUUUGUAGUAACUUAUUUUGUUAGGAAUGCCCUUCACCCAGGACUUACUUUGCAUCACAGUAGUAGUAAUUGACCAUAAAUUGUGUGGACAAUUUCUUUUGCUAUUGGUGUGCUAUGUUACUUUUGCUUUGCGUAGUGCAUGGCUGGAAAACAGCAUGAUAAACUGUUGUUAUAAAUUGCAAAUUUUAUUGCUGUAAUGUUUUGUAGAAUUUAUAAAUGCAAAAAUUUAUUUAUAAAUACUGUUGUAUUUUGUAUCUAUUUUGUAAAAUUUGUAAAUCUUUGUUGUUACUGUAAAGCAGUUGCUUAUAAAGCUGUGCUCAAAUGGUACUGCUACACCUAAUAAAUUUUUUUUAAUUAAUGAAAGAC